CGAAACAUCGAUAGUAUCGAUAGUGCUCCGAUGUUUUGAUAAAUGUCGAUUGUUUUCAAACCCUGGUCAGGUUCCCUGCGUAUUUUCCUUCUCUUUUCUUUGUUCACUUCAGCGAAACUGCUGGGUUGAAUUGUUGGAACCAUGGUGAACGGCCGCAUCCCUUCGGUCUUCUCGAAGACCUAUGUGACUCCUCGUCGCCCCUAUGAGAAGGCGCGUCUGGACCAGGAAUUGAAGAUCAUUGGAGAGUAUGGUCUUCGCAACAAGCGUGAGGUGUGGCGCGUGAAGUACGCCCUUGCCAAAAUCCGUAAGGCUGCCCGUGAGCUCCUGACCCUUGACGAGAAGGACGAGAAGCGUCUGUUCCAGGGUAACGCCCUGCUGCGUCGUCUGGUGCGCAUUGGUGUCUUGGACGAGUCCCGCAUGAAGCUCGAUUACGUGCUGGGCCUGAAGAUCGAGGACUUCUUGGAGCGCCGCCUGCAGACCCAGGUGUUCAAACUGGGUUUGGCCAAGUCCAUUCAUCACGCUCGUGUGUUGAUCCGCCAGCGUCACAUUCGUGUCCGCAAGCAAGUGGUCAACAUUCCCUCGUUCGUUGUGCGCCUGGACUCCCAGAAGCACAUUGAUUUCUCCCUGAAGUCUCCCUUCGGUGGCGGCCGCCCCGGCCGUGUCAAGAGGAAGAACCUGAAGAAGAACCAGGGUGGUGGUGGCGGCGCUGCCGAAGAGGAGGAGGACUAAGUGCUAAACCGGCUGCAACUGGUUGCACGAGAGUAUUGUGUGAAUAAACACUGAAAAAUUGUUUUACACAAAAUAAACAAAAAAUGCCCUAAA